GCGCAGGUGCGACACGUCCGACAGCGGCAGACACCUCACGCGCCCCCCACUCGCUACGUUCGCCACUUGACUCCAGUUCACCUUAAAGAGGAUUUUUUUUUUUUCGCCGUCCGCCUGCCGACAUGCCGUCCCUGCGACACUCCUACACCUUGACGGUGCCCGAAGAGCCGGACACUAUCUCCCUGGGCAAAGGGGAGCACCGGCGGAAGAGCCCGACGCUGUCCCGGUCCAUGCUGAUGUCCACGUUCAUGGGUCUGAUCAUCAACCAGGCCAAGAACAAGAGUCCUCAGGGCCUGGUGGGUUUGAGGAACCUGGGAAACACCUGCUUCAUGAACUCCAUCUUACAAUGCCUGAGCAACACCUCGGAGCUGAGGGACUACUGCCUGAGAAACGUCCACCGCACGGACCUCAGCAACAGCUGCCGGGCCGACGCCACUCUCACAGAAGAGUUUGCGAAGCUGACUCAAAGCCUGUGGACGUCUCUGAACACCGAGGCCAUCUGUCCGUCUGACUUCAGAGCCCAGAUCCAGAAAUACGCUCCUAAAUUUGCCGGCUGCAAUCAGCAGGACGCCCAGGAGUUUCUCCGCUUCUUACUGGACGGCCUCCACAACGAGGUGAACAGAGUGACCGUCUGCUGCAAGGUGCCGGCCGAGGACUUCGACCACCUCCCUGACGAAGAGAAGGGGAAGCGGAUGUGGAACAUGUACCUGCAGAGGGAGGACAGCAAAGUAGUGGAUCUAUUUGUGGGACAGCUGAAAAGCUCUCUGACCUGCACCGUUUGCGGCUUUCGCUCCACCGUGUUUGAUCCAUUUUGGGACCUUUCGAUACCCAUUGCACAGAAGGAGUCGGGUGAGGUGACUCUCAAAGACUGCCUGAGGCUCUUUACCAAGGAAGAUGUGCUGGAUGGAGAAGAGAGACCAACGUGCACCAAAUGCAAAGCCAGAAGGAAAUGCACCAAGAGGUUCAGCAUCCAGAAGUUCCCACAGAUUCUCGUACUUCAUCUGAAGCGUUUCUCAGACUCCAACGUUCGAGCCAACAAACUCUCCACUUACGUAAACUUCCCUCUGAAAGACCUGGACCUGCGGGAGUUCUCCUCAGAAAGCGGCGAGCGUCCCGUGUACAACCUGUACGCCGUAUCAAACCACACUGGGAACACUCUGGGAGGCCAUUACACGGCGUACUGCAGGAACCCGGCGCUCGGGGAGUGGUACAGCUACAAUGACUCCAGGGUGAGCCCCAUGUCCUCCAGCCAGGUCCGCAGCGCCAACGCCUACGUCCUCUUCUACGAGCUGGCUUCCUCCUCCUCGUCCUCCUCCUCCUCCUCCUCCUCUUCCUCCUCCUUAAACAUCAAAUACCAGACGUGUCGACUUUAAACUCUGCAGAGGAGCAGCGAGGAGCUGCAGCACUGACUCAAUGAGGGACGGGACUCCGCCUGCAUGGAGGGAGCGCCACCUGCUGGAGAGCAGAAACUCUGCCACAAACUGUGAACCUGGAGCUCAACCACGUCCGGCCAUCCAUCACUCCGCUCUUAACAAAAGCAAAUUUACGCUUCCGGAUGUCGAGAUCAAGUGGAACUGAAGCGACGUUGGGGAAAAUGUGACUUCCAUUUUUGGAAAAUCUUUAAAACAAUUAUCUGUGUGUCAAAUGCUGCUUGUAACAUUCAGCAGUUUUGUCUUUUUAUUCUGAGAAAAGUGAUUUUUCUUUUUCCCUCCCAAACUGUGGAUUAUUAAUCUGAAGGACAUUAACCUACUGCAAGGUGUAAUUUAUUCUAUUUAAUACGAAGUCAGAGUGCGUCCUGUACUCCUGAGAAGAUUUGUUUUGUAGUUUUCUGUCACAGUGUAUUUUUGUACAGUAUUUAUGGACUGCACAGCUGAUGUGUGGAAAAGUCGAGCUGUGACAACGCAUCAACGCUUCUUCCUGGAAUGAUGUUGCUGAGUUAAAUGAUUAAAGUCGUCAGUAACGGACACUGUGAAGUGUUGACUCAUCAGACUUUCUGGGUCAGGAAUCUAACGGGUAUGAACACUAAGGCAGCAGAAAGUCAAUUUGAAUACAAUCAAGUGAGAUCAAUGAUGAAUCAGUGAUGAAAGUUACUUUGUCAUUCAUUCAGUUAUGUGUCCAAAAUUGUCUCAGAGCAUUUGACAAUCAGGAAUUGCAUGAAAGAAAUAGACCACAAAAGUCAUUCUGAGAGCUGAGGCAGAUAAUGUAAUGGAAAUAACUAAUCUGACAUCAUUUUAAACAGCAGCCACUCAUUUUUCUUUCAAAUAAAUUCAGUAAUAAAGUAA